AUUGGCAUUAUUUGGCAAGGCAAUUCAACUUUAUUGAUAUAGCAAGUUUACAACAAUUUUUAAAUUGGACAAAAAAAACAAAUCAAACUAUGCAUAAGCUAAACAAGAUAGUGCAAAAGCAAUACGGUGAAAGGGUUUGGAUAAAAAGUAACAUUGCAAGAUAAAAAUAAUGAAAUAAUAAGAGUGGGACAAAUUGAAAAAAUAAUAAAAUUAAAUUAAAAAAAGUAUAUUAUAUUUGAUUCACCAUUGUCAAAAAAAUAAUAAAUAAAUAAUACAGAUAGGCACCAACAUCCCGGCCCCUAAUUGUGGGCUUUAGCAAAACAAUUAAAUAAAUAAUAAUAUUCAAAGAAGCCACAAAGGAACAAUACAAUAAAAACAAUGAUGUUCUUCAAAUUCAAAGUUAAUUAAGUUACUAGUUAAGUCUCAUCAAAGUCCAUCAUAAUUCAUCUAAAACAUUCAAUAAAUAAUCAACAUCAUCAUUGGCAUUAUUUGGCACGGCAAGGCAACUUUAUUUACAAGUUUUAAAUUGGACCCAAGUGUUAAAAACAGGUUAAAAAGCAUAGAGCAAAAAAAAAAAAAAAAACAACAAAAAAAAGAACAUAAACAAUACAUAAGCUAAACAAGCAAUACGGUUAAAGGGUUUGGAUAAAAAGUAAAAUUGCAUGAUAAAAAUAAUGACAAAUUGGGGGAAAAAAUUAAAAUAAAUUGUAUUAUUUGAUUUACCAUUGUCAAAAACUUAAUAAAUAAAUGCUAGCAUAUUCGCCAAUUCAUAUGUUUAAAUCUCAAAAUCAUGCAUGUAAGUAUUUUAACUGCUUGGUAACAUUGAAAUAUUUUAUGGCAAACUGUUCAAAAAAUUUUUUAAAUUAAAACAAAAACAUCCUGCAAAUGACUUCACACUCUGGAUGUUUGUAAACGUGUGUCACAAAAAGAGUGCGCACAAAAUUAAGACAUUUGUAAUUGAAAAUGCGUGAAGUUGUUUUCGCUCCCCUGCCUCCCUCCCCUCGGCUGGCGACAGUAGUAUCUCCGACAGCGCCUGAAGGCAACAUGCAUCUGUAUAAAAGGCGAGGGAGGGGUCCGUGAACGCAUCAUUCCAUCACUAGGUGGAAAAGCAGCACGAUGUCGAAGAUGUGGUUCUGGGGGGAAAGCAGCUGUGGAGUCUUCGGUCCCAAGGCGUCUUUGACCCCCGUGUCGUGGACAGUUCCUAAUGAUAUCAUCAAGGUUUUCUGCGGGGAUCAACAUGUUUUACUCCUGCGGGAGGAAGGGACACUUUUAUCGCAGGGAAGCAACUCCAGGCAGCAACUUGGACGGAGGGCUUCGAAUAAUGAAAAAGCAGGCCAAGUGGAGGGCCUCCAUUUUGUGGUGGGCGUGGCUUGUGGUCAAUACCACUCCCUGGCCUUGAGUUCAUAUGGAAAAGUCUUCUCCUGGGGGGCAGGAGAAGCUGGACAACUUGGGUUUCUACACUAUCACAAGUGUGAUUCUCCGCAAGCAAUACGGGUGCGGUUGCCGACAGAAGCGGUUCAGGUCGCUUGUGGAGACUUUCACUCUGUGGCACUGACCAAAGGAGGAGACGUCUUCUGCUGGGGCUCCAACAGUCAUGGGCAGCUGGGUGUGGGGAGGCAGGUGUCACUGCAGUAUGUGUCACUGCAGCAUGCGCCCCUCCUCGUGGGCCCGCUCACUGGCGUACCGGUUACCCAGAUCUCAGCCGGAGCGACCCACACGCUCUUCCUCACGUUGUCAGGCCUGGUGUACUGCUGUGGGGCCAACAAACACGGUCAGCUGGGCCUGAACCGGGUCGACCCGAAAGGGUUUAAAGCACAGGUGAAAAAGCAGUGUUUGAAAGAGUUUGUGGCCGCCUUUGUCGACCACGUCUUCAACAAGUCGGUGGAGGAUGUAUUCAAUGAGUUCAAGAGAGGCUUUCUCAAGGUGUGCGCUCCUAAGGUGCUGGACUUCUUCCUGCCGGAGGAACUGCAAGCGGUGAUGGUGGGAAAUGAAAAGUACGACUGGGACGUCUUUGAGCAGAACACCGUGUAUGUCGGAGAGUACCACGCCCAACACCGCAACAUCCUCACCUUCUGGCAGGUGUUCCACAAGCUCAGCCAGGAAGAAAAGAAGAAGUUCCUUUUGUUCCUCACAGGCAGCCACCGCGUGCCAGUGGAGGGCAUGGCCCGCAUCCGGAUGAAGGUGGGCAUCUUGCCCGACUCCACCGAACUCCAUUACCCAGAAGCCCUCAUCUGCCUUAACAUUCUCUUACUGCCGCUGUACCCGCGCUAUCCCAUGGGGAGGCAGAUGCACAACCGGCUGGUUUAUGCCAUCAAUCAAAGUCGUGGUUUCAGCAAGACGUACAAACACCAAGCUGAGUGACGCUUACUUGCUUCAAACUUUCACUCCUCGUGUCUUGCUUCCAUUCAUCCUUUAACCAGAGCCCUGCUGUGAUCUGAGUGGGGAGGCUUUUAGAAUUUUUACAAUUUUAAUAAUGCAAACAUGAUCGCAAGAUGGAUCACAUCAUGGAGAAGCUUGCUGAAAAGGAAAAAUUGAAUAUGAGGGCCAGCAUGGACGAAUAGAACAGACAAGUCAUUGUAUUGUCUGCUCGCGGAAAACAAACAUCCUAAUCUACGAUUUGACUCCCUCGAAUGGCCUUGACGCUGUGAACAACAGGAACAGGCUGUUCUGAAAACACCCCGGAGGACACCUCAAUGAUAGACGCUUUUGACCUCCCUCCAUACUUGCCAACCCUCUCGGAUUUUCCGGGAGACUCCCGAAAUUCAGCGCCUCUCCCGAAAACCUCCCGGGACAAAUUUUCUCCCGAAAAUCUCCCGAAAUUCAGGCACACAAUAUAAACAGCGUAUCUGCCCAAUAAUGUUAUAACUGUAGAAUGAUCGAGGGCGAGUUCUUGGUUUCUUAUGUGGGUUUAUUGUUAAGCAGUUUCAUUAACGUCCUCCCAGCGCGGCAACAACACACAACAGCAUUUCGUCUACCAUAAAGCAGUUCGUCUGCCGUAAACAGCAAUGUUGUGACACUCUUAAACAGGACAAUACUGCCAUCUAGUGCAUUUGAUGAAAGCACUUUUGUGCGUGCCACACAGCAAUGCAUCAUCAGAGAGGGCGUUCAGCAUGGUUAGAAAAAUAGUGACAAAUAGAACAAGGAUGGACAAUUCAACCCUUAACUCAACAAUGAGUAGAUGAGUGUUAUGUGUGUGUGUAAAUAAAUGAACACUGAAUUUCAAGUAUUUCUUUUAUUUAUAUAUAUAUAUAUAUAUGAAAUACUUGACUUAG